AUGGGGAAUUUAUCUUCAAUAAAAUCGUCUUGCUUUUUCUUUUUUCUUUCUUUCUUUUUCCUAUGCUAUCUUUUUCUUUCUUUUUCAUUCUCUCAAUUAUCCUUUGUUUUUCUUUCUCUCUCCUAUCCUAUCUCUUUUCUCUAUCAAUCCUAUUCUAUCUUUUUCUCUGAAAACUUUCCCAUCCUAUCUUUUUUUUCUCUCCUAUCAUAUAUUCCCCCCCUCUCCCUAUCUUAUAUUUUUCCCUUUCUCUCCUAUCUUAUCUUUCUUCUCUCUCUUUCUUGUCAGAUAUUUCUUUCUCUCUCUCAUCCAAUCUAUUUUCUCUCUCUCAUCCAAUCUAUUUUCUCUCUCUCAUCCAAUCUAUUUUCUCUCUCUCAUCCAAUCUAUUUUCUCUCUCUCAUCCAAUCUAUUUUCUCUCUCUCAUCCAAUCUAUUUUCUCUCUCUCAUCCAAUCUAUUUUCUCUCUCUCAUCCAAUCUAUUUUCUCUCUCUCAUCCAAUCUAUUUUCUCUCUCAUCCAAUCUAUUUUUCUCUCUCAUCCAAUCUAUUUCUCUCUCUCAUCCAAUCUAUUUUCUCUCUCUCAUCCAAUCUAUUUUUCUCUCUCAUCCAAUCUAUUUUCUCUCUCAUCCAAUCUAUUUUUUCUCUCUCAUCCAAUCUUUUUUCUCUCUCUCAUCCAAUCUAUUUUUCUCUCUCUCAUCCAAUCUAUUUUUCUCUCUCAUCCAAUCUAUUUUCUCUCUCAUCAAUCUAUUUUCUCUCCUCAUCAAUCUAUUUUCUCUCUCUCAUUCAAUCUAUUUUUGUCUCUCAUUUAUUUUUUCUCUCAUCAAUCUAUUUUCUCUCCUCAUCAAUCUAUUUUUUUCUCUCUCCUAUCCUCAUCCAAUCUUUUUCUCUCUCUCAUCCAAUCUCUUUUUCCAAUCUAUUUUCUCUCUCUCCAUCCAAAUUUUUCUCUCUUCAAUCUAUUUUCUCUCUCAUCCAAUCGUCUCUCUUCCAAUCUUUUUCUCUCUCAUCCAAUCUAUUUUCUCUCUCAUCCAAUCUAUUUUCUCUCUCUCAUCCAAUCUAUUAUCUCUCUCAUCCAAUCUAUUUCUCUCUCAUCCAAUCUAUUUUUUCUCUCAUCCAAUAUUAUUUUCUCUCUCUCAUCCAAUCUAUUUUCUCUCAUCCAAUCUAUUUUCUCCUAUCUAUCUAUUUUUUCUUUCUUUCUCAAUUCAGUCAUUGUCGUUUUUUCUUUCUCUCUCCUAUCCUAUCUUUUUUCCUCAUCUAUCUAUCUUUUCCUCUCUCCUAACCUCUCUUUUUCUUUUUCUCUCUCCUAACGUCUCUUUUUCUUUUUCUCUCUCCUAA